AGUGCUAAUGUCUCAGAAACGGGGGCCACUAAUAAAGACAAGUGCAGUUGAAGAUUCCAGUUUCAGGAAACGAGAAGAAGUCGAGACAGAAAAAAGGAUGAAUCCAUUACAACAACACAUACCAAAGAUUUGUCCUAAGCGUCUAUUCUUCUUCACUCCAAUCUUAAUAUUCUCUCUCUAUUACAUCCUCACCACUAUCAGAACCAUAACCAUCUCUCCCCAAGAUCCUCACUAUCCUCCCCAGCUUCAAGUACCUUCCAUUUCCCAUUACUCCUCCCUUCCAGAAAUUUCAGAAAACCGAUCACCACCACCACCAUCAUCAUCUUCAUCAUCAUCAUCACCAGCAUCAUCUUACUUUCCACUCUGUCCCAAGAACUUCACCAACUACUUGCCCUGCCACGAUCCAUCAAUAGCACGACAGUACAGCAUUGAGAGACACUAUCGGAGAGAGAGACACUGUCCUGACUUAGCUCAAGAAAAGUUCAGGUGUUUGGUCCAAAAGCCCUCCGGCUACAAAACGCCUUUUCCUUGGCCUGAAAGUAGAAGCUAUGCUUGGUUCAAGAACGUUCCAUUCAAAAGGCUAGCUGAGUUUAAAAAGUCUCAAAACUGGGUUAGGCUUGAAAGAGACCGCUUUGUUUUCCCCGGAGGCGGGACUUCUUUUCCCGGUGGUGUGAAGGACUAUGUUGAUGUGAUUCUGAGUGUUUUGCCUUUGGAUUCUGGGAGUAUCAGGACAGUUCUAGAUAUUGGAUGUGGUGUAGCGAGUUUUGGAGCAUUUCUGUUGAAUUAUAACAUCUUGGCAAUGUCCAUUGCACCGAGGGAUAUACAUGAGGCUCAAGUUCAGUUUGCAUUAGAACGAGGACUCCCUGCUAUGCUCGGUGUUCUAAGCACUUAUAAGCUGCCUUACCCGUCGAGGUCUUUCGACAUGGUCCAUUGUUCUAGAUGCCUAGUCAAUUGGACUGCCUAUGAUGGACUUUACUUGAUGGAGGUGGAUCGUGUCCUACGUCCUGAUGGAUAUUGGGUGUUGUCUGGACCACCAGUAACAUCAAAGGUAAAAUCCAAGAACCAGAAGAGAGAUUCUAAGGAGUUGCAAAACCAGAUGGAGCAACUAAAUGAUGUUUUUAGAAGACUGUGUUGGGUGAAGAUUGCUGAAAGUUACCCGGUUGUCAUAUGGAGAAAACCUUCUAAUCAUUUUCAGUGUAGACAAUGGCUACAAGCUCUUAAGUUUCCUGGAUUCUGCUCUUCUAGUGAUCCUGACGCUGCAUGGUACAAUGAGAUGAAGCCUUGCAUCACUCCUCUUCCAGAUGUCAACGACACACACAAGACCGUUCUCAAAACCUGGCCAGCGAGACUCAGUCACGUGCCUCAACGAAUUAAAACCGGGUCGAUACAUGGAACAAUUAUUGCCAGCUUCAAAGCUGACACUAACCUGUGGCAAAGUAGAGUUUUGUACUAUGAUACCAAGUUUAAGUUUCUCAGCAAUAGAAAAUACAGAAACAUCAUGGAUAUGAACGCUGGAUUAGGCGGUUUUGCUGCAGCCUUGAACAACUAUCCUAUGUGGGUUAUGAAUGUGGUUCCAUUUGAUCUUAAAACGAAUACACUCGGUGUUGUGUACGAUCGUGGUCUCCUUGGGACGUACAUGAACUGGUGUGAAGCUUUCUCUACAUACCCUCGAACCUAUGAUCUGAUUCAUGCCAAUGGUGUGUUCAGUUUCUACUUGGACAAAUGUAACAUCAUUGAUAUACUCUUGGAGAUGCAGAGGAUUCUUAGACCAGAAGGUGCAGUUAUAAUACGAGACCGUGUUGAUGUUCUAAUCAAAGUGAAGGCUAUAACCAAUCAAAUGAGAUGGAACGGAACUAUAUAUACAGACGAUAACAAUGGUUUUGAUCAUGGAACAAUACUAAUUGUAGAUAAUUCAGUUAAAUAAAAACUCUUUUUGGUGUUAUUACAUUACUAAAAAACAAUUGGAAAUUUUUGUGUGAUUUGUUAA